AUGACAGCAACAAUUUUACAGCACUCCAAUUGGGAUACUUUUUCACCUUGUGCACCUCUAACCUACGGUGAAUUAGUUCCAGCGUCCUUUGACUUUGAUCAUUCUCUAAUGGAUAUUCAGAAUCUCCUUUCAACUAUGGAACCGAUGCAAAUGGAUGAAAUUAAAUUUGAAAGCCUGAAUUCGGUUGAAAAUUCUCAGGAAUCUCGUGUCUUGGUGACAGAAAGCCCUAGCAGUCAACUCACACUUCAUUCCAAUCUAAUAUGCGGCGUUUGUAGCGCCCCAGCGACUGGGUACAAUUUCGAUCAAGUCACAUGUGAAUCAUGCAAGGCGUUCUUCCGUCGCAAUGCCCUACGAGAUACGUCUUCUUUAAAAUGUCGUUUCUCGGGUUCGUGCAUUAUCAAUAUUCACACACGUCGGCAAUGUACUUAUUGCCGUUUGAAGAAAUGCUUCGAUAUCAAAAUGCGCAAAGAAUGGAUUCGAACCGAAGAAGAAGUGAAGCUGCGACAAAUACAGAAGCAGAUGAAACAAGAACGAAGAUUCUACCUAAAUGGAAUCGACUCGAAAACAACAAUCGUUCUUCCGCUUGUGGUACGAAAGAAGAAACGUUUAAUGGGAAGAGCAACUUCCGUAGUUCAAUCGAUAUGCACUGCAGCAUUUUUUUCUUUUCAUCAAAAUUUGAAUGAGUCAGACAAUAGCUGGCUAAAUAAUAUCGCUCAUGCGUAUCAAAUCACGGCCAAUCAAGCAGAUGGGUUACGGUUUAACUACUACGAUGAGUCAAUGUCAUUAAUUCAGUUCGUUAACAAGGAAAGUUCAAUACAUCGGUCAUUGGUGGAGUUCUUUACGAAAGUUCCGGUAUUCAAACAGAUAGACUUGGAUGAUCGAGUUCGAUUGAUAAAAUCGAAUCUCCUCAAUAUCGUACAUUUACAUGACAUUUUGAUACAAAAUUUCUCCGAAAGCCCAAUUAUUGGUUACUUGAUGAGCAAAUGGAUCAAUCCUGAAUUCCAUCAACAAAUGUCUCAGACACGUCAAUAUCUCUAUCGAUUUUGCAAUCAUCCAUUGAUUCUAAAACUCGCACUGAUUACUUUCGUCUUCAGUAUUUACGAAGUGGAUAAAUGUUCAAGUAAAACCAACAUACUAGACGUUCAGCAUGUGUUUAGUACAUUAUUAUGGCGAUAUCUGAAUGUCGUAUACGAGGAAAAAGAAGCAAUUAUUUCGAUGGAUGUUAUAACAAGGCAAAUCUUACGAUAUCAGUCAUUGAUGGAUAUCAUGGAAGGUCAUUGGAAACUGUUGAAUCUCGUAGAAAAAAUCUGUUCUUUCGAAAUAAAUUGGAUACAUGACAGUAAAAUCGGAUCAACAGAACGAGGUAUGUCAGAACGGGAAAAUGUUUUUUUCAUUGACACAUCUCGAUCAUCAAUAAAAAAUGAUGUAUAUGACCGUAUUGCGUCGAUCGGUAUUAAAUUAGAACAGAAAAUCUAA